AUGUACUUGACUCAAAAGCUUAAUGCUAGCGUAUCGGACUUAGCAUCAGUAACAGAAGAAUACAACUCAGAAGUUGAAGAUAUAAAUGAAAGUGAUGAUUCAAGAUCGGUGAGAGACAAGUCCUAUGGUAUUAAGCUGGAUGUUGAGGAAUUGGAGAUGCUUUUAGAAGCAUAUUUUGCACAGAUAAAUGGAAUCUUGCAAAAAUUGACAAGUUUGAGUGAGUAUGUAGAUGAUAUAGAGGACUACAUUAACAUAAUGUUGGAUGAUAAGAGAAAUCAGCUUCUACAAGUAUCAAUAACAUUGAACACAAUAAACAUGAUAGUCAAUGCGGGUAUUGUGGUUGUUGGAUUGUUUUGUAUGAAUAUUCACAUUGAUCUCUUCGAUGGCAAACCUCGUCAGUUUUGGGCCACAACUGCUGGCACACUCGUAGGCUGUAUAUUGUUAUUCCUUGUUUCUGUUUGGUGGGGUAAAAAAAGAUAUUUGCUCUCUCAAUAG